AUGUUCGUGGUCUCGUUUCUCGGAUGCCUUGGCGCUAUUAAGGCGAAUGUGUGCAUGACCUGGACGUAUGCUAUUACCGUGCUUGCUGCUGGAAUCAUAACCAUCACCCUGUUGUGUAUCCUCGCUGGGCACACCGACGAGAAAACACUGGCCAAAAAUCAAUUGGACGCCGCCUGGGCACAGGAAAAGAACCACACCAAUGCAAUGUCCAUUCUCCAGUCGAAAUUGCAUUGCUGCGGAAUAAAUGGGCCCGGAGACUAUACCGCUGCGAAUCUCACACUUCCCUUUAGCUGCUUUUAUCCCAACAGCAAGACAAAAGUCUACGAAGAGGGUUGUUUUUCCGAGCUAACCCAAUUCUAUGUGCAAGUCCUGAAGGGUUCCAAGGUGGCUGGAUCGGUACAUUCGUGUGCGCCGUACUCUUAG